AAAAACAAUGGGGCGAAGGAAGAUCGAUAUUAAAAAAAUCGAAAAGAGAAGCAGUCUGCAAGUUACAUUCUCGAAGCGGAGAAUGGGCCUGUUUCGAAAAGCCAGCGAACUCAGCGUUCUCUGCGGUGCGGAAAUCGCAAUCCUCGUGCAAUCUCCGGCGAAUAAGAUCUUCUCGUACGGCCACCCUUCCGUCGAAACUUUGUUCCACCGCUACCAGACCGGUGGAAGCAGCAGCGCAGCCUUGAGUAUUAUCCCUUACAGGGAAGACGGGAGGAGUAAGUACGAUGAAGCUGUAAGGAAACUCGAGAUCGUAAAGAGAUCAACGAAGCAAGAGAGUAGUAGUAGUAGUAUUACAAGAUUCUGGUGGGACGAGCCGUUGGAUGGCAUGGGUACGAACUUGAGGAUUAUAGUCGAGGAGAUGCAGAAACUGAAAUCGAACGCUGCUUCCACUUCUACGUCGGAUUUUGAUCGUAGUUUCCAGAUUAGUUAUCAAGAUUUCGAUGGAUAUAAGAGCGAGUUCGAAGAGAUGUUGAAAGCGGAGGCUGGAGAUGAUAUCAGCGCACAGAUGAAGAACGGCGUCAGUGGUUCGAUUUUUGACGAAGACGAUGACAUUGUUCUAGACAUUGAUGAAAUAUUUAAUUUCAGUCAAGAUCCAACCAUGUUUUUCGACGAUAAGAUCGCAAGAUAUGUUUACAAGAUGAUACUGAAAAAAUCGGCGGAUCAGGUCAUCAAAAGUUUCGGACAGAAGAAUUUCCCUACGGGGAGGAAAAUCGACUUGUACAUAAAAGCUUCACAUUCUAAGCUCGCUAAACUCAUUCAGAUGUAUGUGCGAGUAUACGGGAGGAACUAG